CUCACCGCCCGUUUCUUCAGCGGCCCGAGGGGAGGGGAGGGGAGCGGCCGGUCGGUCCCGCCGGCGGAGCCUUACGGGCAGGCCGAGGCUGACGGAAUGGCUUCAAGAAGUAUGGAACCUUGUUCCUGUGACACAUUUGUGGCACUGCCUCCAGACACAGUUGACAAUAGAAUUAUUUUUGGAAAAAAUUCAGAUAGACCUAAUGACGAAGUACAAGAAAUCGUUUAUUUCCCUGCAGCAACGCACAAUCCUGAAGAAAAACUUGAGUGCACUUACAUAGAAAUUGAACAAGUGGCAAACACAUCUGCUGUUGUUCUAAGUCGCCCAUCUUGGUUAUGGGGUGCAGAAAUGGGGGCCAAUGAACAUGGAGUUUGCAUUGGGAACGAAGCUGUCUGGGGAAAAGAAGAAGUCUCUGAUGAAGAAGCACUACUGGGCAUGGAUCUUGUCAGGCUUGGACUUGAAAGAGGUGACACAGCUGAAAAAGCACUUGACAUCAUUGUUGAUUUGCUAGAAAAAUAUGGACAGGGUGGAAACUGUUUGGAGAGUGGCCUGCUGUUCAGCUAUCACAACAGUUUUUUAAUAGCUGAUAGGAAGGAAGCCUGGAUUCUGGAAACUGCAGGAAAGUACUGGGCAGCAGAGAGAAUAAAAGAGGGCUGUCGCAACAUUUCCAAUCAGCUCUCUAUAGCAAGCAAGAUUGAUCGAGAACACCCAGGAAUGAGAAACUAUGCAAGAAGCCAAGGUUGGUGGGAUGGUAAAACGGAAUUUAAUUUUGCUGCCAUGUACUCCUAUGCCAACACUGCCAGGAUGACUACUUCAGGCAACAGAUACUGGGAGGGCCACAAAAUGCUGAAUAAACACAAAGGAGCUAUCACUUCUGAAACAAUGAUGAAGAUUCUUCGAGAUAAAGAAAGCGGCAUUAAUAUGGAGGGAGGAUUUCUUACCACUGGAAGCAUGGUGUCCAUAUUACCUCAGGAUCCUGCCCUCCCUUGUAUUCAUUUCUUCACAGGAACUCCUGAUCCUGACAGGUCUGUUUUCAAGCCUUUCAUUUUUGUGCCAAAUAUUACUCAGCUGCGAGGAAGUAGCUCACCAACAUUUGGCCCCAAUGAUCCAGUGAAAAAGCCAUGUUUUCAGUCUAAACCAGAUAGAAGACACCAGCUAUACCAAAACCAUGAACGUGCAGUAAUGGUGAUAGAAACACAAAAGGAGAAAGGGAGAAAGAUCCUGAAAGAGCAGAGGACCCUGGAGAAAGAGAAACUCAAGGAGAUGGAAUUAGUUCUUCAACACAAACCUCUUCCUGGUGACCAAGCUAAGAAUCUGUUUUCUCAUUGUGUACAAAAGGAAAUAGAAAUAUAUAAAUCAAAUGUACAGUUAGAAUAAUGUUCCCUGGUCAGAAUUCUUAAAGGCAGAGUCCAGAGCAUGUUUUAGCUUUUUCACAAAAUUUGGGUGAAUGAAAUUUAAUGUAGAUUCCCCCCAAUUGGCUUUUUGUUUAAAUUGGAACAAUCCAUCAGUGGUAUUUAUUGAAGUGGUAGAUAUGUUCCCUGCCCACAAGGAGCUUACAUUCUACAGGGACAGAAAAUAUAAAUUGUGGAGAUAUACAUAGGUGAUCAUCAAGAAAUAUUUUUUGGCUGGGUCAUUGUACAAUAAUUAUAAUAAUACUUUAAGCACCUUUUUUUCCAAUUAGUUGAGAACGCUAGCUUUCAAAUAGCCAGGUUCAUUUUUUUCAUGGAAAAAUGUAGUAGUCUCAUUUGUAAUGCAGUUUGAUUAAGUAAACUAUCUUUAGCAUAGGCAUGUAAAGUCUUUCAGUGAGUCACUGGAGUUUAAGGCAGCCCUUUUACAUUGAUUUUUAAAUUACCAGAGUUAACAUUGUUCUGGUUGGUUGUGCUCAACCACUAGAACUAAGACAAAUGUUAAACCCUGAGCAUUCUGCUCCAGGAUUUUUUUUUAAAUAAUUUUGUAACAACUUUUUCACAGUUCUUGGUGUAAGUACCACUGCCAGGUAGGAGAAUGACUUUCUUCCCAAUUCAUUUUUGGUGAUGAAGAGGCAUGAUACAAGGUGAUUCUGUACCUGAGUAGCUCUUUCAGUUCAAAUUUCUUUGUUCAUUGGUAGGUAGAGAGCUGCUUCACUGUCCUUUUCUUUGUGGGACUUGCAUGUCAUGAUUAGUCUAUAUAAAUAAUUUAGUCAUUUGGGAAAAAAAAAUAACCUAUCCACAGCACUUAGGGCAGAAAGGCUAUGUAAAAUUGUAUUUAAGACUUCAGAUGAGAAAUAUAUCUUUCAGCUAAUUAAAAUCUAAUUGUUACAAAAAUCUA